AUGAAUAUCAAAAUUUCUGGUGUUUUCAAAAAAAUUUGUCAUCGAGGCUCUCAAUCCAAUCACGAAAAAUGUCGAGAUCAACCACCAUCGCGAGUUUACCCAAAACAAGAUACGAUCAAGUUGGCGACUGUGCGGCUUACACCUUCUUUGAUGCUGCUGUCCUUCAGAGUAUCAAAAAAUUUCCUAUACUUCAGUUUUGCGCGCCCAGGCACGGAUCUGUUGGAGUUCUACGAACUUUGCAGUGAUGAGAGUUUGAAUUGUUGA